AUGCAAAAUCAUCAAAGUAUAUACAUACCAGAAGGUGGUAAUCCCCUUUCUCCCGGGCAACAAAGUUAUAUUCAAAGUACCCAGGAACCACCUAUACAAGAAAAACAGCUUCCUCCUCCUCCACCAAAUAAAAAUUUUGAUAGCAAUGAUAAUUCUGUACUUAAUAUAGAACCUGAAAAAUCUAAACAGCAUUGGGAUGAACCUCCUAGAAUACAGGCUCGUCGUAUCAAUAAACAGCGUGUUGUAUUAAAGGAUGGAAAACAUUUGGUGUUGGAAUGUCCCAUACCUACUGAUCUGUUCGGGAGUAUUCCUAGGAAUGAAUCAAGGGAAUUUACUCAUAUGAGAUAUACCGCAUGUACAAGUGGUCCUGACGAUUUUAAUCAGAAAGGAUUUAGUCUUCGUCAAGUAGAAGCUGCUCCUCCAAGACAUACCGAACUAUUUAUCGUGUUAACUAUGUAUAAUGAAGAUAAAGGCCUGUUAGCCCGCACUUUUCACGGAGUUGUAAAAAAUAUUGCUCACCUUUGCAUUGCUGAUGGUCGUGAACAUAUAGAGCAAAGUUCUUUAGCUUACUUAAUGGCUCUUGGUGUCUACCAAGAUGGCGUUGUAGUAGGCAAAGUAAAAGAUGAAUCCGUUAAUGCUCAUAUAUUUGAGUAUACUACUCAGAUUUCAAUUGACGAUACUAUGAAAUUUAAAACUUUCGAUGAGGACCCUGAUGUUGUUCCAGUCCAAGUGCUUUUUUGUCUUAAAGAGGAAAAUGCUAAAAAGAUCAACUCUCAUCGAUGGUUCUUUAAUGCUUUUGGGCCAAUUCUUAACCCUAACAUAUGUGUUCUUAUUGAUGUUGGUACUGAACCAGGUGCUUGCGGUGAAAUAGUUACCAUGAAAGGUAAAGGUUGGAAGAAACUAUUGAAUCCAAUUGUGGCAGCCCAAAAUUUUGAAUAUAAGAUGUCCAACAUCCUGGAUAAACCAUUUGAAUCUGUAUUUGGGUAUAUUACUGUUUUACCUGGGGCUUUUUCUGCCUAUCGGUACAUUGCUCUCCGGAGUACUACUAAUGACAAAAACGAGGAAGAAGGCCCUCUAGCAUCUUAUUUUAAGGGUGAAAUCAAUGAUAAAAAAAAUGAGGAUAAAAAAAAGGAAAACAUGUUCACUGCUAAUAUGUAUCUUGCUGAAGAUCGUAUCCUUUGUUUUGAGUUGGUCUCAAAACGCAAUUGUUCCUGGUUAUUGCAUUAUGUUAAAUCUUCUCAAGCCGAAACGGAUGUACCUGAAGAUGCUCUCUCUACUCGCGAUGCUCCUUGGGAUCCAAAAGGUAUUGAUGUUGGGGUAGCUUCAUUGGGUCCCAAUGCAGAUUUAAAGACUACUGCUACUGCCAAUUCUGUUCUUACAAAAAAGUUGAAAGAGAAGGCUACUGACGUUGAAUCUACCUCCGGAGUACCCACAGUUGAGGUUUCUGUUCCUGAAGAUGUUAAUGACGUGUAUCAGCAAGCAGUUCAAGAAGUAAGACGAAAGCCUAGUAAGGAUGUAACAAUUGCUACACCACAACAAAAAAGAGAAGAUGCUCGAAAAUCAUUUCGAACGAAG